AUGAAGACUGGCCCAGCAAAAAUCAACUACAAUUCCAAACCACCUAAUUCUGGCUACAAGGGAAAAGAACGGCCGACUACAGUUCUGUUAGAUUUACGGCGUCUUACUGGUCAAGAAGAACUAUGUCAUGGUGAGGCGAUUAGCGUCCCUGAGCCAAACACAUGGUCCGUAUCACAUAUUCACGAGUCGCUGUCUUUGGAUGCCAUAAAGCCAAACAACUUCCUUGCCGAGAAAAUGACUUCGUGCCGGCAAUAUCACUAA